ACACAGACAAACUAGUAUCUUCAGUGUAUGCGCCUCUGUCGACCUUAUAUCACAGUCGGGGACAGACGCGUAUUGCAUCUCCAUGCAGUAACGAGAAACAAAAUGAAGUUAUUAAUACUUUUUGGUUUAACACUCCUUUGUGGAGUGGAGUCGUUGAAGGUGCUUGUAUAUUAUCCUUUGCCGGUAAGAAGUGUAAGCAUGCUGGGAAAUGGAGUAGUAAGGCAUUUAUUGGACGCCGGGCAUGAGGUGACAUACGUUACUGUGUAUCCAUUGAAAAAUAUGCCACCGACUUUAAAACAAGUCGAUAUAAGCGGUAAUGAAGAAAUGUUAGCGAAGGACGACAGUCUAUCCAUAUCUCAUAUGUUGGAAAACAACGUUCAAGACAACGACGUACUUCAUAUUCAAGAGUUUGCGAAAGAAAAUACCAGACAAACGUUCACGAACAAAAACUUCACGAAAUUCUUACAAGAUACUAGUCAACGCUUCGAUCUCGUUUUCUCAGACCUUUUUGAGUCUGAAGUAUGUGCUGGGUUAUCGGUCGUAUACGAUUGUCCAUUGGUAUGGUUCUAUUCUAUGGGCGCCCACUGGAAUGUUUUAAGGCUGAUUGACGAAGGAAGGAAUCCUGCCUAUGAUCCUGAUUAUUUAACCACAAAUGUAGUACCUUUCUCAUUCUUAGAAAGAGUGGAACAGCUUUGGGCCAGAAUCAAGUACAUGGCACUAAAAACAUUCAUUACUCUACCAGACGAAAAGAAAAUGUACGAAGAAAUCUUCACCCCACUAGUUGCUCAACGUGGCAGAACCCUUCCAAACUACGAGGAUGUCAUUUAUAAUGCUUCUAUUAUUUUUGGAAAUGAACACAAUGCUGUGAAACUUAGGCCAAGCACUCCACAGAACUUCAAGUACAUUGGUGGUAUGCAUAUACCUGACCCUGUGACGCCAUUGCCAAAGAAACUGCAAGACCUAAUGGACAACGCUAAGCACGGCGUCAUUUACUUCAGUAUGGGAUCAUUCUUCAAAAGCAAACACCUACCAAAGAGUUUAGUAAGGGGCCUUGUGAAGACAUUUGGGGAACUCAAAGAGACAGUUUUAUGGAAAUUCGAGGAAGAUUUGCCUGAUCUACCGAGCAACUUACACAUUUUACAAUGGGCACCCCAAUCGAGUAUUUUAGCUCAUAAAAACCUCAAGUUCUUCAUAACCCAUGGUGGUCUGCUAUCAUCCAUUGAAGCUAUUCACUUCGGUGUACCAGUAAUAGCCAUCCCAGUAUACUUUGACCAGUUCACGAAUGUACGGAAAGCGGUAGAAAAUGGAUAUGCCAUCAGAGUGCCACUUAGUUACGACUUACCUGAGACCUUAAGACCAGCUAUCAAAUCCAUGCUGACUGAUAAUACCUACAAAAAGAGAAUCACUGAGCUAUCCACUAUCUACCACGACCGACUAGUCCCGCCAGGCAAAGAGAUGGUACAUUGGGUGGAACACGUGGUGCGGACCCGUGGUGCCCUACACCUUCGCUCACCAGCCCUGAACGUCCCCCUCUACCAACGCCUGUUCCUGGACCUCCUAGCAGUCAUCCUGAUAAUACUAUACAUAAUAAAAAGAAUUAUCAACAAUCUGACCAGAAAAACUUCGAAGAAAACUGACAAGAAGAAAAAGAAUUAAGAAUAGUGAAUAAUUAAUUUUAAACUCCUUUAUUAAAUAAAGUAAUAAGUACAAGAGUUAAUGAAAAUAAUCAUUGUCUCUCUAAAUGUUAUCCUAUCAAAAACAUAAAUGUCAUUUGAAAGCCAAGUAUAAUACAUAAAAAUAUGCCUUGAAUAUGUAUUGCAGAUGGAAAAAACAUUUUACAACCUACUGGUAAUUGUUAAAAAAGAAAUAAAUAAACAUGUAUAAUGACAAAAUAGA